GCUAAUAUGUCCCCUUUUUAUUAUUUUGGUCUUUUGUGCAAAAUUUACAGUAUCGUGUUACCGGAGCCAAAACACGAAGCUGCUAGUGUCACUUCUCUCUUUGAAGCAAUUAUCUUCAUCCCUUAAAAAUUACAACUUCAAAAUUCCAAUCCAGUUAAAGCUUGAAUUUGAUGUUUUGGGUGUGAAAAUGGAGGAGAGUGGCCCAAGUAGAGAAGAACCGACAUCAUGGGAAGACCUUUACAAAGUAAAUUUGGUGCCUUCAGAGCUUUUUCUCAAAUUUAGAAAAGAAAUUGAGGGUUUUCGGGUUGGCGUUAACUUGGAGUUUUAUAACAAUCCAAGCAAUGAAUAUCUUGCAAAACUGGUUUUAAAGCCUUUAGCCCCUGAACGGCGAUGGAAGUUCAUAUGUGAGCCUUUGCAUCAUGAAGUGCGCCUUCUAUCGAAAAAGAUCCCAGUAACAAAAUUUCUGAAUCUUCAGGUAGGAAUAGGCCAUAAUUUUCAGAUGCAUGCAACAGGCUGGAAAUGGAAGCUCACGACUUGUUUGGGUGGAGAUGGUGUCUCCAGGAUCCGGAAUAAGACGUCACUUGGAUUAUGUCCCGGUGUGGAUUUUCGUUUCGGGUGGAGAGCAGACUAUGUUCUUCCUGAAAUUACUGGGGCUGUAGGAACCGGUGAACCAUUGUUCAAUAUGAAUUCUGGACGAUUAGAAGCAUCACUGGAUAGAGUGGAGGCCAUUUUUAGCCAAUAAGAAUACUUGUAAACUAAGCAUACACAAGAACAAAUAGGAGUGAGCAGCGCGUAAUGGUGGGUUGUAUAGCAGUGCGUAAAAUGGAUAUGUGGUCAACCAUGGUGGGUUGUAUAGCCAACGGCAUACUUCAUAGUGUGUGCGUUCCAAGAGCUGAUAUCUUUGAGAAGUGAUGAUCAUGUUGAAAAUACCAGCUCAUCUCAAAUCCUGUUGUGCAGAUUAUUAUUUUCUGCGUUCUUUAAUUUCACUUCUACGCAGUUUUUGAUGUACAAAGCAGGAUCAGUAAAUUUUGUUUUUCAUUAUUCAGUUUUGGUACACGAUGCCUUCAGUCAAUGUGGAAAAUGCUCAAAGUAACCUCAAUUGAAAUGAUGGCUUUUUUGGAUCG